AUGAUUGAAAAGAAGACUCGACAUAUAAUUCUUAAUAUAAUAGAUAUUAUUAUUGAUAUAUUCAAUCUUGCUGAACAAUUAGGUAUUUAUUUUAUUGUUAAACAAAAUGAUCUUGAUGAAACUGCUCAACAACGUUUCUUUUUCAUAUUAUUUGGCGUUGGUGCUGCUUCAUUAUUCAAACCAUUAUUUGUUCAUCCAAGUGUUAAAACUGCAUUUGGUUUAUGUAUUGACAUUGCUGAACUAGUAUCAUAUUUAACAUUAUUAACAAAUACAACUAGUUUACUGAUUGUAGCCAUAUUAUUUUUUAUUCUUGAAGCUAUUCUUCGCUUUAACUUGGCAAUGUUUGAAACACAAAUACUAUUCUUAUUUGUUGAUCCAACAUCACCAUUUCGAGAUACAUUUUAUGAAAUUCUGAUGGUUUUAUCCACAUUUUUUGGUGUAAUUACAGUAGAAAAACUUUCUGCACAUCUCUGUCAUAUGAAUAAUGAUGAGGAUGAGGAUGAAGAUAAAAUAUAUUCUAUCUGGGAAGGAUUUAUAGCUAUAUUAACCAUCACAGAAAGUUUUAUUCUCAUAAUCACUGCUGUCGUAUAUGCUGUUCAACUAGUUCAAAAUAGAUCACAAUUAAAAACAUAUGAUUUUGUUAUUUAUAUUAUUAUUUUAGUUUAUUAUGGAUCAACUCUAUUCGCACUUGCAUGUGCUUUUGGAUUUACUCUAUGUUUAUGUGCUGGUGCAUUGUUAAAAUUCUUAAAAAAGUGUCUUUUCUCUAAUAAACAAUCUCAAAUAAAGAUCUUGAAUGUGCGAGUUUGGGUGAACAGAGAUAUUCAGAUCAUCUUUCACUGACUGAUACUGUUAUUCUGUUGAAAAUUAAUGUAUGAUAAUGGAUAGCAUUUUCAAAACUGAAUAAAAUUCAUUGCUCUGCACGUCAGAUAUUCGAGAGAGAGAGAAAGAAAAGAUAUAGAAUACAAAUACUCUUGAUUGAAAAUCUUGAUAGUGUGGGUGUGGGUG